AUGGCCUAUCACCGAGCGAUCACAACUGGAACUACAUCGGUAGAUGGUGGGCGGCUUCUGCGAGAUACUGUGAUCGACCGCAAACUGAUAUUCUUGCCAUCCACCACUAUUGGGCUCGUGCAGCACUGCAUGUCAGUCAUACGCAUUGAUCCACAUAGUAUGCGCCAAUUUUGGCUUGCCCUCAUACUUGUCGAUCCACCAAUUGGCCAUAUUUACCAUGCCGACGGUCAAAAAUGGAAGAAGCAGCGCGCAAUGCACGUGCUUUCACAACCCUUUCUAGGUACUUACGAAGACUUUGUUCCUCCGGGACCUCUUUCCGCCGGCUUUACAGGGUAUACAGGUGUGCAAUCUGGGAGCCUACUGGAAGACCUACAAUACUAUUGGACACUUGAUUUGCCAAAUUGUUUCGACGCAACUAACCCAUCAUUGCAAGCUCUCUCGUAUUAUCCACUCAACAUUGUUGCUGCAGAGUGGGUGAAAUACGUGGCUGUGAUGAACCAUUGCAUCAAACAGUUCGAAUAUCAGCACAAUCAUCUACCGGAGCUUGACCAGUUCAACAGAGAUCUGACGGAGCUUCAAGCAUGGUCGCGUCGCACGGUGUUAUCACUAGGCAAAGUCGAAUGGCUCAUUAGAUUGCUUCAGUCACCGAACUUCAACAGCCACAAAGACGACCGGCAGCUCGAUUGUCUUUCCGAGGACCUAGAGCUUAUAUUGCAUAAGAUGCAGGACGCUGGGCGAAGACUGGAGAACACAAUGCAAAUGGUGAUGACGUCGGUUCAAAUUGCAGAUGCACGACGUACAUACGCUGAGCAGGCAAAUAUCAAACGUCUAACCGUCCUUGCGCUCGUUUUUGUGCCUUUGACGUUCAUUGCUAGUCUGUUUAGCAUGAACACUGAGUACAUGCCGGGCAGUAAGAACUUCUGGGUUUACUUUGUUGUUGCGUUACCAGUGACACUUCUUGUUAUUGCCAUUGCAAGACCUCCGCUGAAUGUUGUGCGUGGCGUGGUGGUGUGGGUAGACUUUCAGACUAGGAGACGGCUGAUGCAUAGGAGACUUACACACGCGCCGCGAUCGAACGCUGAAGACUUUUUCUAG